CCGGGGAUCCGCGGAGAGAUUGCGGGGCGGGGCCGGGCCAGCGCCUUCCAGCAUCGGAUUGCAGAGCCUGUUAGAAGGUGUAGAGGGUACACGUGCCCCGAGAAAGGAGAUUUCUUCGCUCGCCGCGAACUGCCCAUUGCCUAUUAAGAUCGGGCGCUUCGCUCUACAGGAAAAAACUUCUCAGGCGGCCACCUAGACAGGGACCCAGACUGGGGCCCCUGCAGAUCCAAACCCAGGCCCAAACCAGGCAGCCAAGGCCCGAAACUGGCAUGGCCGUGGACGCGGAGGCGGCAGCAGCCCGUACACUGUGCGGUUUUAUGCGGAUGCUUCUGGUCCUGGUUUUGGGGCUCCCGGCGCUCCGCGCAGAUUCCUUGAGAGUGGAGAUGGCAGGGGAGACACAGACUGUGUUGCUGAAUCACAAUGCCACCAUCUCCUGCUUGGUCCUUGGUACUUCACAACUGGACAUCAAACAUAUGGCUGUUACUUGGUUUCGGAAGAAUUCAGUGAAUGGAACAUAUGUCAGAGUGUUUGAGUUUUAUGGAGAGCACCAAGAGGCACGCCGAUCAGGAGCUGAUGUGUCUCUUCAGGGGCUGGCGAAGGGGAAUGCCUCCCUGCAGCUGCCUGAGGUCCAGCUGUGGGAAGCAGGAGAGUACCGAUGUGAGGUGGUGAAUACCCCUUAUAAAGACCAGGGGACAAUCUUUCUGAAGGUUGUAGCUUGCCCAGACAUCAGCUUGUCUGUGGAGAAAGCCAAGGUGAAAGAUAAUGACUACCAACGACUCCUGUGUAAGUCACGUGGGUUCUACCCAAACCACAUUAACAUAACGUGGUGUGAAUGGAACCAGGAGUAUUCCCAGUGUCUGAACAUUUCUGAGAACAUCACCACUAAUGCUGCCAUUGAGAAUGACAACAAAACAUUUAGUGUCAGUAGCUAUUUGAUGCCGAAGCACUCUCCGGAGCACGGUGGGACCUACCAGUGUAUGGUACAGCACAUGCCCUUGUGCACCCCCCAGAAGAAGAACAUCACCCUGCCUGAGAACGGGUCUGAGUCAAAAAGUGACUUAUGGAAGAAUCCCCUGAAGUAU